AUGACCAUAUUGUGUGAAAACUGCAACAAGCCAGUCAGAAGACGAGAAUGCCAGGUCUCUGCUCCUAUAUCUGGUCCUAAGCAGAAGCUCUGUACUCCAAGGCCUUUCAGAUCAACAAAAGGUGCCUCUAAGGCUCGUCGGGAUCAGAUCAAUGUGGAGCUGCAGACUCUUCGGUCUCUUUUGCCCAUCUCAGAACAAGAGAAGGAACAACUUUCAUAUCUCCACACCAUGGCUCUGGUCUGCUUCCAUAUACGAGAGACUCAACUUUUUAAUUCUGGCUCACAUGAAAUGGCAUCUGAAGAACCACUUUUUGCUGCAGCUGCUAUUGUAGAUCCAGAACUGGUGCAUUCACUUUCGGGGUUCAUUCUAGCUCUCACUGCAAAGGGCAAAUUGGCCUAUGUCUCUGAGAAUGUACCACAUUUCCUUGGGUUUUCUGUGGUAGAACUCUUAGCACAAGGCAACUCCAUCUUUGACCUCCUGAACAGCACAGCAAGCCGGAUCAUGCAAGAAAAACUCCUCUUUGCCCAUCACCAUCCAGGCACGGAAAUUGAGUUCAUCAUUGAAAUGCGUACUUCAAGAGCCUUUCGGGUUAAGUAUGGAAGGAACCGUCCAAUAGUCAUGCGGGGCAGAUUCGUCCCACUCGACACACAGUGGACAUCCACCUCUCCUGCUCUGACGUUUGUUGCUUUCUGUGCUCCUGUCCCUCAUGGGGUUGAAGAAGGAGACAACAGGUCCCAGAUCUCCACCUUCCAGAGCCAGCAUACAUUAGAUAUGAAGAUUGCUGAAAUGACUGAAAAUGUUAUUUAUCACCUUGGUUAUAAGAAAGAAGAAUUAAUUGGUCAGUCCUGGUAUUGUCUCCUGCAUCCUGAAGAUACUGGAAGAGGAGCAGAGAUGCAUAGAAACCUGAGGCAGAGCACUGGGAAACAUAGUCACGAUGUAAUCAUACGUUUACGCUGCAAGGACCUGAGUUGGGUCUGGGUGCAAGUCACUGCACUGAGGGAGAAUGGAAAAGGAAAGCUGAUCACUUGCACAAACCACAUCCUCAGGGACAAAGAAGCUCUCCACAUCCAGAGCCAAGACUCCACACCCAGAGGUGUUUCUCCAGCUUCCUCCAAACGAAGCUAUUGUUCUGGAAACACACUGCAGCCGUUGAAGCCAAAUGAAGCCAACUUUAUCCUUCAAGAGCCAGGUCCAGUCAGGGAAGGGGCACUUGAAUAUUCUUCUUCUCAACUUCCACCAGAGGCUUCUAAUAUAAAAAUGCUUCCUGCUCCUCUUCAAUCUCCAUUUCCAAUCAGUCUGGCUGUCCCUAGCAUGAAGACUGAAGCCGUCAGUGUGGAGUUGUCUCAAGAAACCCAAUUUCCUUUUCUUUCUGCUGAAGGGCACGGGUGUCUCUCAUGCCCAGAAAGAAAGGAUAGGCUGACCUUUUGCAACCCUGGUAGUCUCUGCUCGCCAGAAUACACAUUUUCCUCUGACAGCAGCUUUUCUGUAGAUUCUUCUCCUUUAUUUGCAGAAAGGCCAUCUCUAGGAUUGUUUCCAGCAAUGAAUGUGAGCCCUGAUUCAGACAGAUGGGCCAUCAGUAUGCUAGCUGAUCAAAUCUAUUCCCUGGCUGAAGUCUUCUCUCAAUACACCAAGCAAAGGUCUCAGGAAUCUCUUGGCGUUCACUGGCCUGGGCAUCCUGCUGAGGCUGCCCCUCUAGUGGCAAGACAGGACUUGGGGACUAAUGGAGCCAUUGACUUUUCAGAAGAAACUUCAGUGGAUGAAGAAACCAUCACCAGUAUUUUAAACAACUUCUCAGAUCAUGAUGUCCAGAACCAAGCCAGUUUUGAACAGAGACCAACAGGCCAUUUUCACUUAGCAAAUACCCAGUUGCAGCUUUCUAUGUCCCAGACUCUUGUACCAGAAACAACUCCUUUGUCUUUCUCUGUAUCAUCUGACUUUGAUCUGCCUGAUUUCCAGUGGGAUGGGAAAUUCUAUAACAUGCAUCAGCAAGGUAUGGCUCCCCUGUUAUCACAGUAGUAGCAUUUAAAAAGAAUACAAUCACUGAAGUAAUACGAUCCUGCACAGACUAGCAUCUAUGUUUGACUAGCA